CUCAACACAUGGAUCGUUUGAAGAACCAUUUCUCGUCUGAAAAGACUUGCUAACAAAUCAACAGCUACCCUCUACAUGUAGAGUUUUUGAGUCUCUAAACCUUUUCACACAGCGCUGCAACCAUGACUACAAGUAACAUUCCAUCCUCGAUGGAAAAAUAUUUAGACGUUCUUCAACACAACAGAGAUGGUUCAUUGAUGCUGGGUUCGUCUGGCCUGACUGGCAAGUUUUGGGCGGGGUCGUUAUGGUUUUACGAGGAUCCAGGUAAUGCACCGGACAUCAGUAAAUGCAGCGCUGGUAUCCAGACAGAAGCCGGUGUGACAGACAUCCAAUGGAUUGAUGAAUGCAGAGUAGCUAUUGCCUCUGAUUCAGGUGCAAUCGAAGUCUGGCAACUUGUAAACAGCCGCAGUGCCUUCAGGAACUUGUUCUAUUUAUACGAGCACGACAACGCCGUGCACAGUAUUAGCAUCAACUCCAACAAGACCAGAAUCAUCAGCGGAUCAUCUGAUAAACUAAUAAAGGUUUGGGAUCUAGCAACACAAGCGUCUGUAUUGACUCUGAGAGCGCAUACAUCCAAAGUGGAAUGCAUCACAUGCAGCCCUAACGAGCUAGAAGUGUUUCUCUCAUGUUCACAGGAUGGUUCUGUUUUACUGUGGGACUUGAGGAAACCUAAACCAGCCAGAAAGCUGAGCCGACCCUCUGGAACAUCUCUGCCAACAUGUACUGCCUGGAAGCCUGGAGAAACACACGUGUUCGCCGUAGGUGAUGAGACGGGCAAGAUAGUACUUCAGGAUUCCAGAGCAGACAGUACAGGCACCAGACUGACGACUGCCCAUACUAGAUCUAUACAUAGGCUAGCAUUCUCACCAAAGAACCCAUUAUGGUUAGCGUCCACAUCAGACGAUUGCACGGUCGCUGUCACAGAACUCCAGCCAGAACUCAAACAAAUAUACCGGAGCUACAGCCACAAUGACUUUGUGCGUGGUGCAUCAUGGGACCCACUCAGUAACAAACUCAUGACCUGUGGUUGGGAUAAACAGGUCAAAGGUCACGACAUCGUGCCAGCAGCAGCUGGAGCCAACGGGCGAGUUUAGUAAAAAGUGGAAAUAUUCCCCUGGAAAAGGAAAUAUUCCCCUGGAAAAUGGCUACAAAUCCUGAUGAAAGUGUAUAAUAGUCAUCUUUCGAGUUGAUGGCUAUUCACGUUGUGGAUCCCUAUUGCUCACUAUACAUGUAGCUAUAAUACCAGUUUAUUCUUUCCCAAGCUCCACCAUCCUGUGCAGUUAAAUUGUUUGUAACGUCACCCAACUCGCUGGCAAAUUUUACUGAUACUAGGAGGUUUAAACUUAACUAGCUCAAUUUGCCGAAACAUUUGCUGAUAAACCAGGUGGAGACAUUUGGAGAUGCCCAGGCAGACUUGCUGAGCAUUCUGAAAGGUGCUUGGAAUAACAGUUUGUUUGCUGGUUUUAGGGUCACAACAUGUACAUACUGGUACUUGGAAUGUUAUAAUGAUCAACAAAUUAGCUGUUCAUCAAAGGUGUUUUGCAAACAAAAAGAAAACUCUAAAUCACAUGUGUGCAUGCUCAGUUUUAAGAGAUUUAUAUAAAAAUAUAAGACGGCAAAUAUUAUUCAAUAUAUCUCAGUGUUUCAAAGUGCUAAAGAAAUUCCUGUAUGUAGAAUUUUUUCGUCAAGCUGUAUUCUGAAAUGCAUGUAGUGGCUUCAUGUCUAGCUACAUUUAUCUAACAAGUUUGGUUUCCUGCACUCAGUAAUGAAUACAUACACUGAUAAAUAACAGGGGCCAGACUGUUUAUGCUUCCACCCACAAAGAUUUGAGUCAAGUAGUGUAGCUUUUAGUUAUUGUAUUUCCUGUGAACAGUGUAGAAGGUUAACUUAAUGAUGGAAAGGCAUUGAAAACGUUUGGUAAUUUGAACCCUAGUUGUUUCAAUACUAGGUUGUAGAUAUAUACCAUCAAACUAAAGUGGAAAAUGUGGUAGCGUUUCUGCAAGCGUUUUUGCAAAUUAUUAUUAUUAUUAUUAUUAUUAUUAUUAUUAUUAUUAUUAUUAUUAUUACUGCAGAAAACCUGAAAGUUAUGUUCAAACAGGAAGAAUAAUAUGCAAUUGGAAUACAUAAUCUUAGAAACAUUGCUUUCAGCAAUGCUUCUCAGAUUAACAUUCUUGGCGUGAAAAAAAUUGUGUCUUUUUUCAUAACCGAAGAACUUCAAAGUAACAAAUUUGUCAAAAUGCUUUAUACUAUCCAAAGAUUCUGUACUUCUUACCAAAUAGGUUUUUAUUGCCAUUAAUGUUCAGAGUCAUUACAGACCCUUUCAGUCAACUUGAAAACUGCAGCGUGGCAAAACAGAAGUUUAAUUUUGUUUCAAAUGGUGUACUCGAUACCAAGAACACACAUUUAAUUUGAGUGCAGUCGGCCAGUAUGUCGGCAGCUACUCGCUGUAUGGCUUAAGGUACAUAUGGUACACUGUAGCUAAUAUUUUACUAUGCCAAAAAGGGUAGGUUUAUAUUCAUCUUUUUAAAAAAAAUGUUUGGUUUAUUUUCGUCAUUAUGUUUUUAAAACAUAGUACUGUGAAAGAAAUUUGAGUUUUUAGGUUGUUUUGAUAGACAUGUCAGACAACAAAUUAUGUUGUUAUUGUUUGUUGGCAAAAAGUCAGGCCUUAACUUUGAAUUUGUUUACCUGGACUUUACACUACACACGUACAAUUCAUUUUGUGUACAAACUCGACUGAAGUGUCAGAAUAAAUUAACUAUGAACAAAAA